AUGAACUUUAGGAGGAUCUUCCUAGUCAAGUGCUUGCUGCUUUUUUUCCCCAGUGUAAAAUGCUCUGUCUCCAACAGGAUUUACAGGGCAGUGAAUGAGUCGGCUCUUCUCAGCAUCACUACUAUUGCUGGGGGGGUAUAUGAUGCAACAUGGCUGAGAGACAGAAAUAAGUUGCUUCAAAUAAAAAACAAGACAGUUAAGUAUUAUGCAUCCAGGAACCAGUGCAGAUGUAAGAUAUUCCCAAAUGGGACUCUGCAAAUACAAAAUGUUGUGAAAGAGGACAGUGGAAACUACGCUGUGACUGUGUAUAUGGAGAAUGGAAAACUGAAGGCAGAAGAAGAAAAAACACUCAUUGUUCAGGACCCUGUUCCUCAGCCAAUCCUCAGUGCUGAAUGCAUCAAUAAAACUGCAUCUGUCAAGUGCGAAGUGAAGCAGAAGACUAAAGAUGAAGCAUUUCUAAUAGAACUGACUCAAGAUAAAAACAAAAAACUUCAAAAGAAUGCAACAAAGUUGGAAUUGCACACACGGUAUUCUGGAAUGUUCAGAUGUGUUGUUAAGAACCAAGUCAGCGAAAAAACAGCUGAAAAAUUAAUUAAGUGCUCAGGCCAGCUGGACCUUUAUCUCAUCUUAAUCAUAGCAGGAGGUGCAGUCUUCUUUGUCAUCUUUGUGAUUUUGAUUAUUUAUUGCAUCAGGAAGAAGAAAAGAGAAAGGUUUGAAGAUGAUGGUGAGGAGCAAAUGAUGCAGGCUUGCAAGGUGGACAGUGAAAUGGUGGUGCGGAAGCUCCCUCAGCCACCAUGCAAUCCCGCCCCAAAGCAGCUGCGCGUGCAGCAGCGGCCACUGCCACAGCCCCAGGUACAAGAGCGAGCACUGCCCCCACGGCCCAGGCCCCGUGCUCAGCCACGAACUCUAAACCACCCAAGAGAAAGACCUUGA